AUGCUUCAGAUUCUUAAGUCAAGUGAUAGCUCAAAGAAAAUAGGGGGUUCUAUUAUAGGUCACAAGUAUAUACGCAGAGAUAGAAGGCAAGAUCAUGACAGAUUGUUUGCAAAUUAUUUUGCUGCAAAUCCAGUGUAUUCAGCUACAAUAUUUCGGAGACGUUUUCGAAUGCGUCGUCCUUUGUAUUUGCGAAUUUUGAACGCAAUCGAAGCACACAAUUCAUAUUUUAUUCAAAAACAAGAUGCAGCUCAUGUAGUUGGAUUAUCUGCCCUACAAAAAAUGACUUCAGCGAUGAGAAUAUUAUCAUACGGUGUCGCAGCAGAUGCAGUUGAUGAUUACAUACGUAUUGGGGAAAGCACUGCGAUUCAAAAAUAUCUGAGAUCUCCGACACCAACUGACAUUGCUAGGUUGCUUGCUAUUGACGAGAUUCGGGGGUUUCCGGGUAUGUUGGGAAGUUUAGAUUGCAUGCAUUGGGAGUGGAAAAAUUGUCCAAAAGCAUGGCAAGAUCAAUACAUAGGCCAUCAAAAAAAGCCAACCAUUAUUCUUGAAGCAGUAGCUUCUUAUGACUUAUGGAUUUGGCAUGCAUUUUUUGGAAUGCCUGGGUCACAUAAUGACUUGAAUGUAUUAGACCGGUCACCUUUGUUUUCUGAUCUUGCCCAAGGUAAGGCUCCCCCUGUCCACUACACUGUUAAUGGACAUACUUACGAUAUGGGUUAUUACCUUGUUGAUGGUAUAUACCCGCAAUGGGCAACACUGGUUCAAACAAUUUCUUCUCCCCAAGGAGUAAAGAGACAACAUUUUGCAAUGAUGCAAGAGUCUGCCAGGAAAGAUGUAGAACGGGCAUUCGGAGUCCUCCAAUCUCGAUUCGCAAUUAUAGGUGGUGCUGUACGUUUUUGGGAUCCAAAAAUGCUUGCCAACAUAAUGAAGACUUGCAUUAUAUUACACAAUAUGAUUGUUGAAGAUGAGAGGGAUGAGCACCUUGAUUUUGAUUAUGAAAUUUCAUCUACCAACACACCAGUGCAACUUUCCUCUACUCCUACCAAUGACUUUGAAUCAUUUUUGUCUCGUCAUUUAGGUAUUAGGAAUAAAAAUGCAUAUCAUGCCCUCCGUAAUGAUUUAAUAGAACAUAUGUGGCAUCUUCGCGGUGAAAACUAG